UUAUUAAACCCUAAAUAGAAAUCGGAAAUGGAGCAGCAAUCAGCAAACAUGGCGCCGAGAAAGAAGAAACAGCAGUUUCCGUCUUCGUCAGCAAACAUGUCAGAACCUCCAUCAGAAAAGAAGGCAUCAUUAUCAUUAUCAUCAUCAUCAUCGAUGGUGCCUGACUGGACUCAGCUCCCUGAAGAGCUACUUCACAUUAUCACGGAGAAACUAGAGCAUUGUUUCAACGUUAUUCAUGCUCGCUCUGUUUGCACCUCAUGGCGAUCCACAUUUCCCUUUCCUCAUUCCCUGCUACGCCCAAGUUACUCUUUACCCGCGUUUGGCGAUUUCCCUUAUGUCAGUAAAGGCUUGUGCACUCUCGAGAAGGUCCCUUUGUUUCUCUUUAGAGUCCAAACUCCUGCUGCUUCACCAUCGGAGUAUUUCUUGGGAGGAGUAGGCCGAGAUGAGUGUGUGGAUCAUAUGGAGCUUCAGUAUCCUAUUCAAUUCUCGGUGAAGAUCCCAGGAUCUGAACCAACCGUGUUGAACAUACGCAACAGCCAGGUCUUCCCUCUGGGUCACCAGUACAGAAUCAUGGGUUGGGAUCCUGAAUCUUGGACAACAAAGUUCAAAGGCGUGGCUUUUCUUCCUCUAAACGAGGAGGGAGAAUUUGUAGUGCUCCUCAAUUACACUAUGGAUUUGUUAGUGUUAAGAAGUUCUGAGAUGAGGUGGAUGCGCCUUAAGGAAACCUCUAAUGCUCAAUGCCGGCAGUUAGUCGCUUUUAAAGGCAGAUUUUAUGCAGCCUUUAUCAACGGGGACUUCUUCAUUUUCGAUCCUUAUACGCUGAAACGGACUCCCUUCACGCCAUUACCGCUUCUGAGGUCAAGUAAAUACCUGGUUCAGGCUGGUGAUGAUGAGCUUUUACUUGUUGAGAAGUUCAACCCGUUUCCUGAUGCUGAGAUACUAGAUUUUAACCGGUUCACUUGUAGAGUGAGCAGGCUAGACAAUGAAGCUGACAAGUGGGUCGAGAUCACCGAUUUGGGAGACCGUGUGUUGUUUAUUAGAGACUCUGGAAAUUUCUGCUGCUCGGCUAAGGAGCUUCCCGAUGGAUGUGGUGUGAGCGGGAACUCAAUUGUGUUCACCAAUACGGGCUAUAUGACAUUCGCCUAUAAAUAUGGGGUACAUACGGGGAAGGAAGACGACGAGCUCAAUAUUUGGAGAUUCUCAAGAGAGAAUCGUGUGACAAUCCUCAACACAUCCCCCAUGGUGGCUUUCAAGGUUGAGCCGGAAACUGUAUAUCUUACUUUGGAUAACUGAGACAUCCGUUUGCAUGUUUUUUAUUAGAUCAGAACACACGGCUUUUACCAUGAGUUAAGAUUUUAUGAUCGCUGAUGCUAUGUUAAUACGCUGAAAACUAGAUCAUUGGUAUUGUUUUUAAUAUAUGGAAUUUGGAAAACUAAUUGAUGUAUCAUAGCUGAUGUCAAAAAAAAAAAAAUGAUGUAUCAUAUGUCUGUUCA